AUGAGUGAUUCAUUGUCACCAGUCUGCCGCGAGCUGGCCUCGCCUGGCAUCUUCCAGCCCGUACUCUCUGUUCUAAUCAUCAUUGGUAUCCUGGUUUCUUAUUUACCGCAACACAUCCGAAUAAUCACGCGUCGAAGCUCCUUCGGCAUCUCACCCUACUUUGUCCUCUUGGGCACCACUUCAGGUACAUCCGCCUUUGCGAACAUCCUUGUCUUCCCGAAGACUUCGCAGAGUGUUGCUUGCUGCAAAGAGAGCGAGAUUAGUGGCAUAGCUUGCUUCGCAGGCAUGCUUGGAAUCUUCCAGGUGGGGGCUCAGUGGCUCUGCUUCUUCUCAAUUCUACUCCUGUUUGUCAUAUACUUCCCAAGAGCCACCUCUCCCACCAACCCCGUCCGCCCCAGCGGCCCAACAUAUCGCACCGCUCUUAUCAUAACCGCCAUUUGCCUCCUGCAUGUCCUCGCCACAUUAAUAAUCUCCAUCGCGUUUCAACUCAAGAACCCCGCAGCUAUUCCGGCCUGGGCUAACUUCCUUGGAAUAUUAUCCGCCACCUUCGCAUCUAUUCAAUACUUCCCGCAGAUUUACACCACUUUCCGCCUGCGCCGUGUAGGUAGUCUGAGCAUUCCGAUGAUGUGCAUCCAGACACCGGGAAGUCUUGUUUGGGCUGCUAGUUUGGCCGCACGUGAGGGCCUUGAGGGCUGGAGUAUCUGGGGGGUACUGGUAGUUACGGCUUGUUUACAGGGUACGCUGUUGGUGAUGGCCAUUUACUUUGAGUAUUUUGGCCCGGACAGCAAACAUAAAGGAAGCGUGAGUGAUACGCCAGGGGAGCAAGAUCAAUCAGAUGGGCAUGCAGCAACGAAUGAGGCGAGACCUGUCUCCGCUGAACAACCUUCUGAAGAGACGCCCUUGUUGCAAAGCCAGUGA